GUUCUGAACUACUGCCUAGUACCUACUGCUAGGAGUUAAAUGGUAUUGAUUGUUGGUCCUGGCCUCUACUGCCUGCUGGCUGCUACUACAUUCAAUUUAAAUGUAUUGUUUUAUGUUGAGUUAAGUGUUUUCAUAAUUUUGUUCGAACAACCUUUCUACGUGCUUAGAUGUUUUGAUAAUUUUGUUCAACACUACCCGGUAAUGUUUACAUACACUCUAUCUCUACCAAAUCUAACUUGUGGGAUUAUUUUGUUGUUGUUGUAAAUUAAUACGAAGUAGUAGUAUUUUUUAUAGAAAGAUGGAAAACUAAUACAGGACGGAGCAUUGAUUCAAAAUCUGAAAAAUUAAACACAAAUUAAGGUGCUAACAUCUAAUAUUUACUUAAAUAAAUAAUUUUAUCUAUGUAUAAAUAGUAAUAUUUUCCGCCAAAAAGAGUUCGGACGAAGCCCUAACAAAAGGCUGGCUCCGCCCCUGGAACGGAGGGUGUACAUUAGACAUUUUGGACAUUUCUUCUUCUCCCCCACAAAACUAUAUCCACUUAUUCCGCUGAAAGAAAUGGACAGCCAAGCAGUUGCCUAUGCCUAGAUGAUUAGGUGUGGAAAUUUCAUCAAUCUAGAGAGAGGCAGAGGAAGAUCACGCGAGAUCAAAUCAUUUUCUGUUAGACUUUCUUGGACUGGGUUUAUUUUAUUGGAGGAAAAAUAAUUUAAAGUUUAGGUGUUUGUUUAUUGCAGAUCAAUGGGCUUAGGAAAUGAGGUGCAGAAGAUUCUAAGCUGGACAUCUGUGUGUGGUAACCUUGUGCUUCAUUUGGUCUGGCUCAUCUUACACUUGAUCAUCAAUGUUUGGUACUCUGUAUUAGGCAUAGCUCGUAUGGUUGAGAAUACCCUUAUUUCUAGUGGGCUGCUAAAGAGUUACAAUGCCGUUAACAUUAGUAAAGUGCGCUAUCUGGCUGUUGUGAUUGACAGUGAAGAAGCUCGUGAAACUUCAAAAGUUCUUGAAUUAUUGUGUUGGCUUGCGUCUGUUGGUUUAAAAAGCAUCUGUCUCUAUGAUCGAGAAGGAGUGCUGAAAAAGUCCCAGACAGCUAUUAUUGAAGGACUGAACAAGUCCCAGAAAGCCAUUGUUGAAGGAUCGGAUCAUGGGACUUUGGUUGAGAAGCAUGUAGACCUGGAAUUUGUCUCUUUUGCUGAUUCAAAACCUGCAGUGGCCAAAGCAGCUAAUUUACUCUUUGCCAAGCAUUAUGCUAGCACAAAACCAGAAAAGCCGAAUUUUACAGAGUCUGACAUGUCUGAGGCGCUACAAGCUGUAGGUUAUGGGGGACCAGAGCCUGAUCUUUUAUUCGUCUAUGGUCCUGUGAGAUGUCACAUGGGUUUCCCAGCAUGGAGAAUCCGGUACACUGAGAUCGUACAUAUGGGGACCUUGAAGUCCAUGGAAUUUGGUUCCCUCUUAAAAGCCAUCCACAAAUUCACAAAGGUGCAUCAAAACUAUGGCCAAUGAACAGUUGCAGGUGGAGUGAUUUUUCUUAUGCAACAACAUUGUUACACUUCUCAGCACUAACAACACACAGUCAGCAACAUCUUAUAUAUUUGUACUGUUCCAAGAUUUCAUACAAAACAAAAUCUAGUGUUAAAUUUUUAACAAGUACCACUGUUUUGACUAUUAUUUUGCACAUUUGUUAUAUAGCUAGUUAGAGAUACCUCCUCUUAUGAAAAAUUAUAGGAGCUUGUGAUGGUGUAUUAGUGAAUUGGACGCAAAGUUGUGUUGAGGACAGUAAUAACUUACUUAAUUGGUUGACAACUUAAACUUUUGUUU